AUGUCCGUCCAAUUGAUCGAUUGUGCUGGAUGCGAAAAGAGAAUCAGUGAGGAAGAUGUGAAAAAGGUGCGGGUUGUGCUGGAGGAACCAUGAAUGAGCGGGAAGUGGUUACAGAAUCGAGUGGUGUCUCUGUUGGAUCGAAUGUGGCACAAGAACCAUAUUCAUUGUGUCUUUUGCAAACUGCCUAUCUCCGACGGCCGUGUCUUCCGAUCGACCAUCGAUGAUCUGAAGCCGGCGUGCUACGUGUGCCACAUCCAGACCGCCCAUCCGUCCUGCUUCGGUCAGUCCGUCCCUUCCCAUCCUCUUCCCUCUCAUUCCCUCGUUUCCAGGCUGUACUCUCCCGGUCACUGAACGUGCUCUCACUGCAUUCGGCCGUCUCUUCCACGUCGACUGCUUUCGUUGUUCCAGCUGCAACAAGCCGAUUCCGCAAAAGAAGGGAUUCUACGAACGAGACCUACAACUCUAUGACGACGCAUGCUACAUGCUGCACAUCAGAGAUGCUCCGUGA